ACAAUCUGAUCUCUCUCUUUUUUCUUUUUGGCUGCAGAAAGGGCAGAUCUGGAAGUCUGCAAGGACUGGGGCCUUCAAAACGGUCCCAGAAGCUGCACAGGGGCCACUGUUUGCCCACCAUUUGCCCACCGGGUCCAUCCCCCAUCCAGCUGAGUUUUCCUUUCUCUGAAACUUCUUGGUGAACUCUGGAAAGAACCAGCAUGAGACCGACUGAGCAACCAACGGAGAUGGCUGGACUCCCCCUGUUUUGCAGGCUCCUUUUGCAAGUUCCUCUUCAUGGGACCAGGCAAGAACUUGGAUCUCAGCGCUUUCAGUUUCAGGUCUGGCACAGUUGCUGCCGACCGCGCCUUGAAGGACCUGCAGUGCCCUCCCAGGUGCUAACAUGGCGAAGGAGAACUCGGCUUUCUCCACCAUCCCCGAGACCCCGGUGUCCGAAUCCAAGGUGGCCCUCCCUUCCCGCCAGCUCAACCCGGCCCUGGCGCGGCGUUUAGGCGAGGAGCCCGAGAAGGCCGAGAAGAAGAGGGGCCGGCAGCGGUACGUGGAGAAGGACGGCAAGUGCAACGUCCAGCAUGGGAACGUGCGGGAGACCUACCGCUACCUCACGGACAUCUUCACCACCUUGGUGGACCUGAAGUGGCGCUUCAGCCUCCUGGUCUUUGUCCUGGCCUACGCCAUCACCUGGCUCUUCUUCGGCCUCAUCUGGUGGUUCAUCGCCUACUGCCGGGGCGACCUGGACCACCUGGGGGACGAUGCCUGGACGCCCUGCGUCAACAACCUCAACGGGUUUGUCUCAGCCUUCCUGUUCUCCAUCGAGACGGAGACGACCAUCGGCUACGGCCACCGGGUCAUCACGGACAAGUGCCCCGAGGGCAUCAUCCUCCUCUUGCUGCAGGCCAUCCUGGGCUCCAUGGUCAAUGCCUUCAUGGUGGGCUGCAUGUUCGUCAAGAUCUCCCAGCCCAACAAGCGGGCAGAGACGCUGGUCUUCUCCACCCACGCGGUCAUCUCGCUUCGGGACGACCGGCUCUGCCUCAUGUUCCGGGUGGGGGACCUGCGCAACUCCCACAUCGUGGAGGCCUCCAUCCGGGCCAAGCUGAUCAAGUCCAAGCAGACCCAGGAAGGAGAGUUCAUCCCCCUCAACCAGACAGACAUCAAUGUGGGCUUCGAGACUGGCGAUGACCGCCUCUUCCUUGUCUCGCCUCUCAUCAUCAGCCACGAAAUCAGCGAACACAGCCCCUUCUGGGAAGUCUCCAAGGAUCAGCUGCAGAAGGACGAGUUUGAGAUCGUGGUCAUCCUGGAAGGGAUGGUGGAGGCUACAGGGAUGACCUGCCAGGCCCGGAGCUCCUACCUGGUGGACGAAGUCCUCUGGGGCCACCGGUUCAUGUCUGUCCUCUCCUUGGAGGACGGCUUCUACGAGGUGGACUACAACAGCUUCCAUCAGACCUUUGAGGUCCCGACGCCCAGCUGCAGCGCCCGGGAACUGUCCGAGGCCGCGGCCAGGAUGGACGCCCACCUCUACUGGUCCAUCCCCAGCCAGCUGGAUGAGAAAGUGGAGGAAGGGACUGAGAAAGGGGGAGAUGGGGACAAGGAGAGGAAUGGGAACCUCACCAGCCCAGAGAGUGAAUCCAAGGUUUAAUGGGGGGCAGGAGAGGCCCAAGGCUGUGCACAGGGACCUCAACCAAGGGAGGAGAAGGUGGACCAAGCCAAGGAGGGGUGAGUAAGAUGGGCAGGGAGAUGGAGAUGAUGGAUGUCUCCUGUGCUUUGGAGUACUGGCAGAGCACUGACCAGCUGGUGGCAUUUGCUCUGGGAUGGAGGCAUUGUGGGGCAAAUGAAACACAUGCACAAAGAGAGAGAGAGAGAGAGAGACUAAGAGGCCAUGGACCUAGGCAAUAAGUGAGCACAAGAGAAUGUGAAAAGCAACCUUGCACUUUGUUCAAACUCAUUGCUAUGCCUAUCGUUACAGGAGAAGUGGAAUAUUCUGAGCUCUCUUGGGCUACGGAUAACUUUUCCAAUCUCUGUUUUGGAGGAUGAGGGAGGAAGGAGGGAGGGAGAGAGAGAAUGGAGGAAUGGCAAGUGGGGGCCAGUGUGGUACCAAAGGCUGGGGUGAACGCAAAGGUUGUAAAAGCACCAGGGAAUGAGAGAUUGUCUCCUCCCAAAUCUCAUCUCCUUCCCAUAACGGUGACCCCACUAAGCCUUUUCCUGCCCCAUAGCUAUGCCAAGUUCUGCUUUGCCCAAUCUCUUCUUAUUGUCACUUUGGGGGCAUUCUCUCUCUCAGGCACAGAGUUUCUUGUUGUGUCAGUGAAAUUAUUGGGAAUCCAGAAAAAGAAAUGUUCUGUGCCCAGGUCUUUCACAAGCUGGGAAACAGCAAGAGGGCAUUAUUAUCAUCAUCAUCGUUAUUACUAUUAAGACCCCGGUCUCUCUUCCCCUGGGGCUACAGCGGUCAGUUACUGGCCAUCUAUGAUAAGCAAGGCUUCAUCUGGCCCAGAGAUUGGAAAUGUUACUUUAAAAGAAAAAGCAGGGGCGGCUGGUGGUUUUCUGUCUCAGUGCCAUAGAGCUUUGAAUCUGAGUUUUCAUGUUUGCUGUUCAAAGUUGAGCUAAAUCUGUUAAAUCUGUUUUGGAGGCAGGGCCAAAUGGCUUUGAGAGCGGAAACCCAGAGCGGAGUCACUGCUCCCCUGACUUGGGGGCCCCCACUCCACCCCUGCUGCCCCUGCAUUCUUUUUUUGACUACAUCUCCCAGAAUCCCCCAGCCAAAAGGAACUUUUCUGAGGCGUGGUCUGGCUCCAGCUGCUGGCUGGCAUCUUUUAAACUGGCAUCUUUUAGACUUGCAUGUGCCAAUCCUCUCCCUCAACAAUUCUGUAUCUAAAUAAAUAAAUAAAGCAUUUUGACCCACUUGCCCCCCUCUUGGCU